GAAAAGCGUUCAAGGACAUGGCCACUGGGUCAAUCUCUUGCUACUGUAUUUUUUUCUUGGUUGUGUUUGCAGCAUCCGGAGCAAGCACAGAUUGCCCUGAAAACUGCAAUGGACAUGGACCACCCAUUAGAUUUCCUUUCCGUCUUAAAAAUAGCCACCCUGAUUGUGGCUAUCCCGGUUUUGAUCUAUCUUGCACCAUCAGAAACGAGACGGUUUUGGAGCUGCCAUUUUCAGUGAAGCUUUUUGUCUCGAAAAUCGAUUACAGAUCCCAAAAGCUUCUUACAUAUAACCCAAAUGAUUGCCCCCCAAAACAUCUUCCACUCCUUAAUUUAUCAACUUCUCCAUUUCAGUUCGAAUAUAAACAUCUAGAUGACUUUACAGUAUUCAGUUGUUAUGGAGAAGAAUCUUCGCCUUGGUCAGAAUACGAUAUGUCCUGCUUAGAUAAUGAUCAGGACCAUCACAUAGUUGCCCUCGACUCUCAUCGUUCAAUCGGCAACUCGCCGUCCCUGUUAUCUUGCACCAAGCUGUAUAACGUUUCUUCAGUCCCCUAUCAUAUGUUCCUUCCAAAAGGAGAUUUUAGUUUCAGCUGGUCUACACCAAAUUGUAGAAUGUGUGAAGCAGAAAGAAAGUUAUGCAAGUUGACGCAGAAUAGUUCUGAACCUGAAAUUGAGUGCUCAGUUAACCACGAAGACUGGAGCGGUGCAAUAAUGAGAAGGAAGAUCAUAGGUGCAGCACUGGUCCUGGGCUUAUUUUUUCUUGGACUAGUUGUUGCAAUCUACGAUAUUCAUAGAUCAAACAAAGCCGAAAAGGAAAACCAGAAAAGAGUGAAAAAAUUUUUAGAGGACUACAAAGCUCUCAAGCCCACAAGGUAUACUUACGCUGAUAUUAAGAGAAUUACCAAUCGAUUCAAGGACCUGCUGGGUCAAGGAGCUUAUGGAACUGUGUACAAAGGGAAGUUGUCCUGUGAAAUUCUAGUAGCUGUUAAGGUGCUCAAUAGUUCCAUAGGGAAUGGGGAAGAGUUUAUAAAUGAAGUGGGUACAAUGGGUAGAAUCCACCAUGUUAAUGUAGUUCGCUUGGUUGGUUUUUGUGCUGAUGGAUUUAGAAGAGCUCUAGUUUAUGAGUAUUUACCAAAAAAUUCACUUGAAAAGUUCAUCUCUUCAGCUGACAUGAAAAAUAAUUUUCUGGGUUGGAAGAAGCUGCAAGAUAUUACUCUUGGCAUAGCAAAAGGGAUGGAAUAUCUUCACCAGGGGUGUGAUCAACGAAUCCUGCAUUUUGAUAUCAAACCUCACAAUAUCUUGCUAGACGACAACCUGAAUCCGAAAAUUUCAGAUUUUGGUAUGGCUAAGUUGUGUUCCAAGGAUCAAAGUGCAGUUUCCAUGACAGCAGCUAGGGGCACAAAGGGCUACAUUGCACCAGAAGUGUUCUCCAGGAACUUUGGAAACGUGUCCCAUAAGUCGGACGUCUAUAGCUUUGGAGUAUUGGUGCUUGAAAUGGUGGGAGGGAGGAAGAAUGUUGAAGUUAUGGCCGAGAGUUCAAGCCAAAUCUAUUUUCCGGAGUGGAUGUAUAAUCUAUUAGAGAGAGGAGAAGACCUGAGAAUCUAUAUUGAAGAAGAGGAAGAUGCAAAUAUUGCAAAGAAACUUGCAAUUGUUGGGCUCUGGUGCAUUCAGUGGCAUCCAAUCCAGCGUCCUUCUAUGAAAGUGGUGCUUCAUAUGUUGGAAAGAGGAGAGAAUUUAAGCAUUCCUCCCAAUCCUUUCGCCUCCACAAGCACCAAAAGAACAAAUGCGGUGCCCGGAAGACGCCGGCACCAGGAAUUAGAGGUCAUCUCCGAAUUAGAAUGAGCCUGCAACUUGUUAAAGCCUCUUUUGCUAGAUUUGCCUUUUUUUUUUUUUUUCCUGAUCUCUUGUGUAUUGAUUUGUAUACUUCUUGGAUGUGCAUUUGUAAGUCAUAACCAUAAUCCUUGUUAGAGUCUGUGAAUCAGCCGGGCCCGAACUGGCCCAAAUAACUUUUGGACCCACUUUUCACGUGGUCCAAAAUAAUUAACCCAAGUUAUUUA